AUGGUCGCCUCUGACCGUGAUCUGGACACGAUGUCCGCUCGGGUCUGCUUUCGAGAAGAUAAUAUUCAGUCAACGGGCUCCCCAGACUCCCCGGCCAAGAGAAAUGCACCGAGCACUGCGACUGGGGUACCAUUCAAGGAGCUCCACAAACAGGAAAAUGGAACAGAACCUCCAAAAACUGCUGGUUGUGGAUCAAAGUCAAGGCAGGCUUUUAUAAAACUAUUUAUGGGUUUGGUCCCGUAGCUUGAAAUAUACUUUAAAUUUGGGUUUGGACUGAAAAAUAAUAUUUGUUUCUUUUUUCAGGCGUUCAAUCAGGCAUUAUAACAUGUACUUUCCAAUACAAGGGAAGCGAAUCAGACUAUGCUUUAAUGGAGAUCGCUUCUCAAAGGUAAGAACAUUUGAGGUUUAUUCUUACUUCAAUUUUUAGCCGGUUGCCUAUUCAAUCUCAGCCUUUAAAACCUUUGACGCAUUCCUAGAAGAUGUAAAUUCGAAAGUUGGACGGCAUGCAGCGCUUUUAUAUGGUGCACGAAAUAUAUUUUCAACAAAUGGAGUACUCAUUACCGCAUUGGAUGACAUGAGACAUAACGAAACCUAUGUGUGCGCGAGGUAAGAUCAAAAAUACUUUAAAACAUUCAAAAGAAGACCUUAGUGACCGAAAUUCAUUUACUGUUUGGGUUUUUUAUCUCAUCGUCAGGAGUCAGCAAAUGCGUCGAACGGGAUUUUAGUAAAAAGUAGUAUAAAAGAAAAGGAUUUGUUUGUUUAUACAACCUUAACUCACUGUUUGGUAAGACGUUUGGUUAGUGCUUUCGAACGUUUGGACGACUUUUGGGUCUAAAUUAAGGGGAAAUAUAUUUUAGCUGUAUGUUUUAUAUGAUAGUUUUUAUUUUAGUACCGCAAAAUUUGUUCCAUUGAACUACGAUCAAGUUGGGGUACCUAAAUGGACAUCCACGUUGAAUAAACAAUCUCGCCCGCUUCAACGGCCUUCUGUAACACGCUACAAAUGCCAUGUAAAGAGAAGUCGACAAUCCUCAAUGCCUUCAGAAUGUGGAGAUCAAGAUGGAUUGAAUGCCACCAGAAGUGAUGAAGUUCCACAACUCCCCAAUACUGAUAUUGUUGGAUUUCUGGGUCGUGGACAUAGUGCUGAAGUGUUCAAAGCAAGAAAUGCGUAUGUCAUUUUGAGUUUUUGAGAGACGCAGUAGACCAGAAAUUAGGAGGGGGGUCGCCCCCUGCCAAGGUACCCCUAAAAUGUUUCCCUUGCCUAAAAUCCAAUAAACACGAAACGAUUAAGGGGGCCGCUAGCUGCGUCCAUGGAGUCUUUAAUAAUUGUAUCCUAUUUUUAGAAAAGGAAAACUUUUUGCUGUCAAAAUAAUUUCCAUGAAGAACAAUAAUAUGGCCGAGUUCGUUGCACGUGAGAUUGAAUUAAUGAAAGCCCUAAGAUGUGACCACAUCGUGAAGAUGUUUAAAACAUACGAACAGCCCAAUGUCGGACAAAUAAUCGAGUUGGAAUACAUUCCUGCUGGAGAUCUUUUUGACUACAUGAAGGUUAACAAAGUCUUGGAUGAAUAUAACUGUGCUAGUGUGAUGUCCUGCCUUGCGUCAGCAUUAACUUUCAUGCAUGCAAACAGUGUGGUUCAUCGAGACAUCAAACCUGAGAAUCUUCUAGUAUAUUUUGAUGAGAAUCAGCUUUGCAAAGUAAAGGUUACUGAUCUUGGAUUGGCGACGCGCAUUGUGAAAGGACAGAUGUUGUUUACUGUCUGUGGAACACCAACAUAUGUGGCUCCAGAAGUUGUGGCCAAAGAAGGGUAAGGAAUCUCGUUUCGUUGAUAGACCUUUAUUCUUUAGAUAUUCCUUUGAGUGUGACAGCUGGUCUUCUGGAAUUAUUAUGUACUUAUUGUUAGCCGGCUUUCCUCCCUUCUAUACCCAAAACGAUGAUCAAGGAGAGUUGUUUGAUCAAAUCCUUGAAGCAAAGGUUCCCUUGAGUGAUGAUUAUCUGACUGAAGUGUCUUGGUCGGCGAAAUUACUCCUUAAAAAACUAUUGUUACGUUAUCCUAAGAAACGUCUAAAAGCCCGUGAAUUAUUGGCUGAGAAAUGGGUGAAGGUAUGUUGCUUGUUGUAUUGUUUGAAGUACAUAAACAAUUUUUAGGACCCCGCACGAAUUACGAAUGCGGACGAGGCCAAGGCGGCUGAAGCAGUUGAUGAAAUUGAUGAACAACUUCAACACCCUCCAGACAGACCACCAUCUAAAAUGCGAAGAUACUCCAAUCCCGACUUUAAUGUUUUGAAGCCUGGUCAGAAAACGGUCUUCCAAUUACACCGUGCCAAUACUCAAUUGUUGCGACAAUACAAAAAAGUUUUUACCUCCGUUCCUCACCAAACUAGUCACCAAGUACGUUGUUUCUGAUACGUUUCACUGUUUUCUUGGUAUGAUUCAUUGGAUUUUAUUUCAGUCAUCGCUUUCUGACGACGAUGUCUACGAAUACAGUGAUUCUGAAGAUGGUCAGUUGGAGAAUGGAAGAGCCGAAUUUGUGUUCUAUCGUCCGGCUAAUUGA